AUGCCACAAGCCUCUCAUGCUAAGUUAGAAAAUUUAUCUGUAAGCAUCAAGAAAUCAUCUACAAAGGGGACAAUUUCAUCAAUCUGCCUUUUAUGGCAGCCCAGCCCAUUUAGAGCUGCUGGAAGAAAAAGGCCCAUACCAUCACAUAUACGUGCAGCAAAUACACCAGCAAGGAUUGAUAUCCCAAUCAUAUUAACUAAUGUCGCAGCAAAUGAAUCAUCUAUUGCACGCCUGAAGCGAGGUAGACCCAUUGGUUCAAAGGACUCAACUCCUAGAAAGCGAAAAUCGAUAGCAUAUUCCAACCCCAAUGAAAACGCUUAUGAAGAUAUUAUUGGGAAAGAGAUUGACCUUGAACCUACAAUUCAUCCAGAAAGUGAAAGUGUCAUUGAAAAUACACAAGCCACUGAAGAGGAAAAGAUAUCUAAUACUGAAAUGAUGAAUUGUAGGACCGUAGUGAAAUGGUUAUCAAUGAUAUUUUUUUCUUUCGCAGUAGCUGCUGUAAUUAUAAAAGGUCAUAAAGAUAUUGAACCACGAUCUGUUGAUGAAUGCAAAGAAAGGCCUGAUUGGCCAAAGUGGAAAGACGCAAUCCAAGUUGAGUUAAAUUCCUUGGAAAAACGUGGUGUAUUUGGACCUGUGGUUCAAACACCACAAGGUGUAAAACCUGUGGGAUAUAAAUGGGUGUUCACAAGAAAGCGUAGUGAGAAAAAUGAGAUUGCAAGGUAUAAGGCAAGACUCGUUGCACAAGGCUUUUCUCAAAGGCCUGGGAUUGAUUAUGAAGAAACAUAUUCUCCUGUUAUGGAUGCAAUUACUUUCCAUUAUUUAAUAAGUCUAGCAGUUUCAAAAAAACUUGACAUGCGUCUUAUGGACGUUGUUACUGCAUACUUAUAUGGGGAGUUAGAUGCCAGUAUUUAUAUGAAAGUCCUAGAAGGACUCAAGUUGGCAGAAUCAAACACUAAAUCAUGA